AUGCCAGGUUAUUGUGCAGCCGGCGCCUCGGUUGCUGCUACUAACGCGUUCGCCGCGCAUCGUCUCCCAAGCCCUGCUGCUCCGCUGCCGGCCCCUAAGGCCGCCACGUCAUCAGCUACCGCCACGUCAGCAGGUCCUGUCCAGGUAGGCGCUGACGCCCCGAGCCCGCGCGGAGUGGCGGCGGGCGGAAGCUUCCAGAGUCCGCGCGGGCGGAAGAAGCCGUCCGCCGCGCAGCCGUUGCGCACCCCCAGCGCAUUGGCGCGCCUCCCCCUCCCUGCAUCUUCCGCCGCCGCGUCCUUCGCCGCAUCCGCCCCUUCCGCCGCUUCCGCCUCUUCCGCCUCCUCCGCGUCCUCUAUCUCCGUCGGCGCAUCCUCCAUCUCCCCCUCCACCCGUUCUGCCUCCCCCUCCGCCGCUUCCGCCUCCCCCGCCGCGCAUUCCCCCGGCGCCAGCCAACCCACGGAGAACUCCAGAAAUGCUUCUCCGAAAACCGCCGGCGCUGCUCCGCCCGCGCAGGUGGCGCAGGUCGGUUCCGCCGCUGCCUCUCCCGCCGCUACGCCCUCCGUCGCUCCGCCGGCUGCGGGAAUUGCGGCAGCGGCGGUGCCCCUUCCGCUGCCAGCAAGCGGCGAAAUCGCCGCGCGCGCAGCUGCCGCGUCCAGCGCGCAACCCGCGAGCCCGGCGGGUGGCGCGGGCGCAGGGGGGGCGGGGGGCGUGGGGGGCGCGGGGGGCGCGGGGGACGCGCGAGCUGUGAUUCCGCCUUCCCCCAGCGCCGCCCUCUUGGGGGCGAGCGAUUGGGGAGUAGGGGGAGGAGGGGAGAGAAAUGUGGGGUCUUUAGGGAGGCAUGGAGAGGACGGGGAUCCCAAGGGUCAUCUUUCGACUCGAAACACCUCAUCUUUCUCCCAUCUCUCGCGCCCUUCAUCUCUCCCUUCGUCGCCCACCACAGCCCUUCCUUGCUCCCAUCAGGGCGAGCGCGAGUGGUUGACAGAGGGCGAGCGCGAGUGGUUGACUGAAGUGAGCGUGUUGGCCCAUCUCUCUCACCCCAACCUCAUCUCCCUCGUGGGUUACUGCGCGCACCACCACCACCGCAUGCUCGUCUACCCCUACCUGCCCAACGGCUCCCUCGAGCGAAAACUUUUCGGGCUGCCCGCCAAGGAAACGCUGCUGACGUGGCAGCAGCGGAUUGGCAUUGCGGUCGGGGCGGCCAAGGGCCUAGCGUAUCUGCACGAGGAGAUGGACAGACCGAUCAUCUACCGUGAUUUUAAAACGUCCAACAUCCUUUUAACCAAGGACUGGCAGGCGAAGCUCUCUGACUUUGGGCUCGCAAGAAGCGGGCCCGAGGGGGACAACACACACGUAUCCACUCGGGUGGUGGGCUAUGCCGCCCCGGAAUACGUGCUGACGGGACAUCUGACGUUGAAGAGCGACGUGUCUGCCUUUGCAACGUCUCAUAACCCUCCCUCCUGCCCUAUCCUCCUUGUUACCCCUCCUGCUCCUUGUCCCCCCAUGCCAGGUGGUGGGCACGGUGGGCUAUGCGGCCCCGGAGUGGUGGGCACGGUGGGGUAUGCCGCCCCCGAGUACGUGCUGACGGGGCAUCUGACGGUGAAGAGUGAUGUGUACAGCUUCGGAGUGGUGCUUCUGGAGCUGAUGACUGGCCGGCUGGCACUAGACAAGUCAAGACCGAAAGAGGAGCAGUCACUGGCAGAGUGGGCGGCUCCCUUUCUCGCCUCCCCCUCCAAGCUCUAUCGAAUCAUGGAUCCUGCUCUCUCGGGCCGCUACAGCGUGAAGGGCGCUCAGACGGCGGCGGCUGUAGCAAGAGACUGCCUCACCCGUAAGGCCAAGCAGCGGCCGCGCAUGUCCGAGGUGGUAACCACGUUACAGCCGGUGCUGGAGCUCUUUGAUAUGGCGGGAUUUGAUUCCUCCGGUGCUGGUGUGGCCGGCGGGCUAGGAGGAGGGGCAGGAGGGGGAGUAGGGGGAGUAGGAGGUAUAGGGGGAGGGAGUGGAGCAGGGGGAGCAUUGCUGACAAGGUCGUCUAGUGAGAAUAACACGAGUACGACGAAGGGAGGGAGUGCAAGCGGUGUAGGAGCAGGAGGGGGGUUGGGUAGUGGGAGGAGGUGGCAGAAGGUAGGGGCUGGUCAGGGCUCGCUAGCUCAGAAGCAAUUGUCGCUUAGGGAGGAGAGGAGGCAGCUGUCUAUAAGGGAGGAGACACAGCAGGACAGGACUGUUGAGGAUGGUUGA